AAAUCGUGAUCACUUUUAGUUCAUCUGUUAAUUCGGUUGGUGAAUUCUGAAUCCCAAAAAAGUUAUUAAGUGGUUCCUGUGGCUUCAAGCAACAGCUAACUACGCAAACAGAAUAAAAGUCAUCUGAAUCCGAAAACACCGCGCCAAUUCGAAACUAUGAACCCUAACAAAUCCCCUUUUGUUUCAUCAUCGCUGAUCAUCACUGCCUUCUUGCUGUUCGCCACUUUCGAUUUCGGGGUUUGCAGAGUUGAAAAAGGUAUGAUAAGGUCACAAAAGCUAGGCGGAGUUCGUGAUAUCACGGAACAAGGCCUCAACGGGAUCGAGAUAGAAACCCUCGCUCGAUUCGCUGUGGAAGAACACAACAAAAAAGAGAACUCCCUUCUCAAGUUUUCUAGAUUGAUAAAGGCGAAAGAGCAGGUGGUGGCUGGUAAGAUGUACUAUCUCACAUUGGAGGCAACAGAUGCUGCUGGCAAGAUAAAAGCAUACGAAACUAAAGUUUGGGUGAAACCUUGGAUUAACUUCAAGCAGAUGCAAGAAUUUAAGCAGGUUUCCAAUGAUCUAUUCGUGUAGAAAUUGGUGUUAAUAAGAUACAACUGCCCUUUACUGCUCAUGUAAUCAGUAAAAUCUAGCUACUGUUGAUUGAACAAGGGCUUUUAUGUGUAUAAAGUUGUAUUGUAGUUGGCUUUAUGUAAGCAAUUACAACUACAAUAUGAAAUGGUGAUCAGAUUCCUUUAUAACUCUGUCAAUAAUGUGGUCUUGGGGGUUGUAUCUUGCACAUUGUUCUUGUACUUGACUUCCAUGGAUAAUGACUUUGAAGUAUUCUUUUCAAUAUAUUGUGUUCCCUGUUGCUUUUGUUCUA